AUGAGUUCAGAACCCCACGCCAGCGGAUCGAAGCUCCCCUAUUCGGUGGGAAAUCGCUACAUUCAUGCGAAGAACAAGGCUCCGUUAACACUCCGCUACAUCGGCACCUUGCCCCCCGGUUCGGAUGACUCACAACUUUGGCUCGGUAUCGAGUACGACGACGCGCGCCACGGCAAACACAGCGGUACCUUCAAGGAUGCACCCGUAUUCCAGACUCAGCAACAUGGUGCUGGUUCAUUCGUCAAGUACACGCAUGGCUCGCGCCCGUUGCUGUAUGGCGAGACCGUCGUCUCGGCGAUCGAGGAUCGCUAUGGCUCCCUGAUCGACCAGCCCGAUAAGGAGGAGGAAGGUGCUAAGAACAGAGAGGAGGAAGCUGUGGUUCUUGGCAGCUCGAAUGCUGCCAUCGUUGUCGAGGCACCGAACAUGGACAGCGUUCGGAGGAGGAUAAAGAACCUCGAGAGGCUGCGGGAGGUUGGUCUGGAGGGCCAGUCAAUCUGCGCCCUCGGCGGCGACAACGAGAGGCGGUCAGUGCUCAAGGAGCGGCUGAAGAGUGAGCUUGUUUUACCUGCAUGA